UUAUGUAACUUUAAAAAUACAUUGCGUAAUCUGAAAUUGUGCCGGGUCACGAUUGUUUCGCUCGAUACACAGCUCCUCAUCAAAGAGGAGAAUCGCGUAAAUAAUAAACAGUAAUACAAAGAGUGGCAAUUGUUGUACGGUGCAAUUUAUCGAACGUCAAGGGGAUCGAUACAGAAACAAAUGACUCGGUUUGUCAGUCGCGCCAUUUCCGUUGCCAGACAGUCGACUUUCAGUUGCUUUACACGAUCACUUCACGUAUCGCCAAGAAACAUGGUUAUCGCUGUUGGAGAUAAAGUGCCUGAAGUGGACCUCUUCGAAGAUUCCCCAGCUAGCAAGGUCAACCUCGCCAAAACUUCGGCUGGAACAAAAAUCAUUGUUUUUGGGGUUCCAGGAGCGUUUACCCCAGGAUGUUCCAAGACUCAUCUGCCAGGAUUUGUGCAGAAAGCUGAUGAGUUGAAGUCUAAAGGAGUUUCUGAGAUCUUUUGUAUUAGUGUGAAUGAUCCUUUCGUGAUGGCCGCUUGGGGAAAGGACCAUCAAGCUGGUGGAAAAGUGAGAAUGUUGGCUGACACCAAUGCCGAAUUUGCGAAAGCUGCGGACCUUGCCAUGGACCUCCCAGUCCUCGGUGGCACUCGGUGCAAGCGUUUCUCCAUGGUUGUGGAGAAUGGAGUUGUCAAGGAGAUCAAUGUCGAACCUGACAACACCGGUCUCAGCUGCUCACUCGCUGACAAAAUCAAAGUCUAACUGAACCCAGUGCUCAACAAUUCCUUAUCACUUACUUUAUGACUUAUUCGUUGAUUGACGAAACGCAAAUUAAGCCACGUUAUCACCGCAAUCUACAUAUCCAUGUAAUACUUUCGUUACACAUAUCUCAACUCCAACUUCGAUUGUUCCACAUUUUCCUUACAUUUAGAUGUCUAGGUUUCAAGUUAUCGAUUAAAUGAAGCAAAUAUGAGUGAUGAAAAACAGUGAAAAAUUAAAUAGUGUCAUGCAAACUACCUGUUCAACUUUAUCAAGUUGUGAAUGCAAUUUGGAUUAAUAAACCAGUGGAAUAAA